AUGUUCACACACACCCGAACACGUGCAAGGCCUAGCAAGAGUACCUUCCUAGUAAACCUUUUAGAAACGCAAAAAUCGCAGCGAGCAACGACAAAGUGCUCAAGGCAACCCUGCUUUCUACAAGAGCGUUUUCCGGCUACCGCAGAGACAAUUGAAACAGCUUCAACCGUGUUGUACUUCACUGUUCGAGUAGAAUCUUCGUUCCAUCCUUCAGCAUGGAGCCAAUGACUGACCGCGGCUUUCCAAAAAUGCCAGAACCAGGCGGCCGAGCCCAUACUUUGGAGUCCUCAGCCUCGAUGUGCUGGACUCUUUUAUUCCUGGCUUACUCUUCUUCGACAUUUGUCAACGAAUUUGGACAUGGAUGGCAAGCAGCUUGGACGGUGCUAUUAGUUUUGGUUCCAGUGUGCCUCGCCGGUGCACCCAACAUCAUGGACGGUCGCCGCCGCGCAGUCCCUAUAUUGGCAAUUUACGUAGCGUAUAUCCUCAUCCCGUCACUGCUUCAGCUCACAAAGCCAGACGACCACUCAUCGCUUCGCUCCGAAAUGGCCGACCUGAUUACCGUUCUUUGCAUCUGGCUUCCACUGGAAUUUAAGCUGUUGUCAUCGGACAUAUCACCGACUGGAAAGGUUACAGCCUGGGGCUUGUUCACCGCAGCUUUGACAGUCGUGAACUGCUUCACAAUUCUACGCCCUUUUCAAAGCUGGCCCACGCUCGUGACUUGGGCUACACUUUCAAGGUAACCCCAGUCGAUGUGCUGAUAGCGCUAGCUGUGGGUGCUGCCUCUGAUCUCAUCACCGUUCCACUUGCCGCCCUAAGCCGGUUUGCUGACGUCAAGACGCCACCUCGUUUAGACGCGGCCAAAGAAGCCGCCACUUUCCUAGGCAUAUUCAUGAACGGCGUUACCGAGGAGCUUAUAUUUAGGGGUAUGAUUCAGAAUAUGUUGGAGCAACGCCUAGGCCACCGGUCCAUAUCUGCACUACUCAUCGCGUCUGGUGCCUUCGGCAUUGCACACUUAGGGAAAUCAAAACUUGGAUAUGACCCGCCAAACGUUCGAUACAUGGCCUCCGCCUGUGUCACCGGUGUUGCGUGUGGGUUCGUAUGGCGACAAACCGGAAAAGUCACAGCUUCCGCGCUGACGCAGGCCACGUCGAAUUACAUUAUGUGGCGCGUCGCGUUAAGCAAAAAAGUUGGCCAGUAGACAGCGUUUUUUCGCAGCUAGAGUCCCUGUAUAGCACUUGACAAUGAUUUCCACUCUUAAACUCACUGAGCACACUCUAAUGCUAGU